GGACAUCCGUUCAUUAAAAUGUAUACCAGUUAUUCCCAAUGUGCUCAUGGACAGAAAUAUUAUAAACUUAAAAAUCAGAAACACCGCGAUCAUCCGAUUGGUAAACAAAAAAGAUUUCGCAUCCAAAAUACUAAAAAAAUGGACUGUCUGGCAGCGAUGAAAGUUUGCAGAGUAAUAUAUUUUCCGGAAUUUCGUUUGAACAAAGAUGUGACCUGUUUCAAGAGAAAGAAAACUGAGAUGAUGAAUAAUCUACGAAAAAAACUGAUAUCUGGCGAAGUUGAAGGCAGAGAAAAGUAUUAUAUAUUCAUCUCUCCUCCGAGUGCUCAUAAUCACCCAGUUAUGACAACUUACCUAAACCAGAAAUUAGAUGAUGGCGUAAAAAAUGAAAUUAAGAAGCUGGUAGAUAGCGGCAUCACAAGUACAUUCUUCAUAAAAGCAUCAUUAAAGAAGUUCAUUUUGGAGUUGCCAAAUGGCCAAAGUAUUUCGAAGAUGUCCAAAGCUUUUUACCCAUCUAAAAAGAUAAUUGCAAACUACAUCGCAAAAUUCACCUUACAAAACCGAACUAGUAACAUAGAUCAAGUUGCUCUUCAGUCAAAAGUUGAUAAUUGGGCAGCUGAUGAAUCGGCAAAUAUUUUUUAUCGUCCUCAUGACACAGAACAUGAUUUUUUGUUGUGUUAUCAGACAGCAUGGCAACAGAAACUGCUGCAGAAAUUCGGAAAUAUUGCUCUUUUAGAUGCAACGUAUAAAACGGUGAAAUAUGCAUUACCAAUGUUCUGUUUGGCGGUGAAAACGAAUGUUAAUUACUGUAUAGUUGGAAUGUUUAUUACUUUAUCCGAAACAGCUGAUAAAAUCGAAGAAGCACUUAGAAUUUUCAAAUCAUGGAAUAGUAGCUGGAAUCCGCAAUACUUCGUGGUUGAUUUUUCGGAAGCAGAAAUAAACGCAUUGAAGGCAGUAUUUGGAUGUUAUGUUUACUUGUGCGAUUUUCAUUGGGAGCAAGCGUGGGGAAGAUGGGUAAAAAAGCGUGAAAAUUUGGAUUUUGUUGCUGACGAGAAAAAAAUAUUGGAAAUAUUUCGAUGGAUUGCGAAUAGCCGUUCUGAGGUGCAAUUUGAAGAUAAUAUUGAGUCUUUGACAUCCAAUGAAGUUUAUUUGCGGAAUCCGAAAGCCUCUCGAUACUUUGAGAACACCUGGCUAACUGUAAAAGAUAUGUGGAUUCGUUGUUUUUUUCCAGAAGACUUUAUUUUCAAAAUCGUAACCAAUAACGGAAUCGAAUCGCAAUUUAAAAUGUUAAAGUACGGUUAUUUGAAAGUUCGAAACGUAAAAACGCUCAGCGAAUUGAUGACUUUAAUGGUGGAUGACGUUUUUCCUGAUUUAUUGAACAAAUAUGUUCAAAUGAAUUCGGUGCUUGACUCAAAUUACAAAGUGUAUAAUGAAGAGAUACCAGCUUUUCUGCGAAAUCGACCUGGACCAUUUAUUGAACAUGUUUAUGAACGCUAUACUGCUGCACAUCAGUUCUCUCUGAAUUCAAUUUUCUUUGAAGGUGAUAAAAUAAAAGUCAGAAGUGAAACGAAUCCAUUGCAGUCUUAUGACGUGAACUUCAAUAAGCCAUUUUGUAGCUGUGAGGAUUUUUGGAGAUUUCGAAUGCCAUGCAAACACUUUUGUGCUAUAUUUUUGCAUUUACUUCAAGUACUUUCGUUCGAAGAUUUGCCAAUUGAGUACAGAAACCAUCCUUAUAUUACAAUCAAUGAAGACUUCAACGCAUUUGGCCAUAAUCAAUUUAUUGAUAGCAUCGGCGCGGAUGAUAUACUUGUCCCAGAAACCCAGAAAGAAAAUGUAAACCAAGAUUGCAACCCUGAUCAGCUUCAUCACAAUGUUGUGAAUACCAGACCUGACCUCGGAAAAAAGGAAUUAUUCAAGAUAAGGGAAACCUGUAAAAUUCUCAUUGACAAAACGUAUAACAUACAGAUUAAUGAACCUGAAGAUGCGUCUGUACUGUCCGCUGUUGAAAAUAUGCUGCAGGAGGCGAGUAAAAAAAUGAAUGAAUUGCAACGUGUCGAUUUUCUUCCACUUCGAAGUUCUACCAACGAUAAGAAACAUCUUUUGGAGUUACCUACUCGUAGUCGUAAGUCUAAAAAACUUAAAAAAUCCAAAGAAAAUGAAUGUACCCUCAACAUUUUAGAUGAGAAUGAGAAUACUAUUUUCAAUUCGAUUGAGAAUACCCUUAUCGAUAAUACGAUUUUCUAGUUUUCAACAUUUUACGUUUUAUAAUUAUUAUAAGCUACCAAAUAACCAAAAUGCGUUUACUCGGUUGAUUAUGUUUUAAGUUACUUUACUUUUACUCCUUUAGUCUUAGCGUUUGUACUUGUAGGUGUUACAAUGGUACUGCAAUUAUUCAUUUAUCGUGCUUACGUUUC